CAAUCCGUGUUUGAUCGUGCAGCUAGGCGUUAGCUUUAGCUUUAGCAUGUAGCUCACGCCAUAUUGUCCUGAUUGAGGGUUUUAAGGUGUCUGCAGACGCAACGUUAUCAGCUUGCAGUAAAGCUUCAGUCAUGAGUUCCAGAGAGUUUGGUGAUCCAGAGAAAGAGGGAGAGGAUGAUGAGGAAGAAGAGGAGGAGGAAGAAGAAGAAAGUGCCAACCCGACAGAAGUGAAAAUGAGUCAGAUAGUGAUGCCAUGUCACAGCAACCACCGUCAGGAACUCAGUGUGGGGCAACUGCUCAAGUGGAUUGACUCUACUGCCUGCCUUUCGGCUGAGAGGCAUGCUGGGAGUCCCUGCGUCACUGCCUCAAUGGACGACAUCCACUUUGAACACACUAUUAGAGUGGGUCAGGUGGUGAAUAUCAAGGCAAAGGUCAACCGAGCCUUUAACACCAGCAUGGAGGUGGGCAUACAGGUGAGCUGUGAGGACCUGUUCACUGAUCGUCACUGGAGAGUUUGCCAUGCCUAUGCAACCUUUGUUACUCAGCGAACAAACACGGGACAGAAGGUCAUCUUGAAGCCCAUUGUGCCUCACACUCAGAGAGAGCAGGUUGAAUACAGUGUGGCAGCAGAGAGACGGCGGGUACGAAUGGUGCACGACGACAUCAUCAAAGAUCUUCUUUCACAUGGGUCUAUCCAACAGGCUGACAGUGCUGCAGAAUGUGAUGCAGUGGCAGCAGAGAAGACAAAGGUGGAGAGUGUUGAACUGGUUCUUCCCCCACAUGCUAAUCAUCAGGUGAACACCUUUGGAGGACAGAUCAUGGCCUGGAUGGUGAACGUAGCUACAAUUGCUGCCAGUCGCCUGUGUCAGGCUCACCCAACUCUGCGGACCAUCGACAUGUUCACCUUUAGAGGACCCUCUCAGGUUGGAGACAGACUGCUUCUAAGAGCUAUAGUCAACAACGCCUUCAAAACCAGCAUUGAGGUGGGAGUGCGUGCAGAAGCUUACCAGGAAGAGGGACCAAACCGGCACAUAAACUCUGCAUUCAUGACUUUUGAGGUCCUUGAUGACCACGGGAAGCCACGCACAUUACCACGGAUACGACCUGAACCUCUGGAAGGGGAAAGAAGGUUUCAAGAAGCCAUAGCCAGGAAGAAGAUCCGGUUGGACAGGAAGUACAUCAUUUCCCGUAAGCAGAGUGAAGUUCCACUGUCUGUUCCCUGGGAUCCAAGAAACCAGGUGUAUUUGAGCUACAACAACGUCUCAGCUCUGAAGAUGUUGGCAGCAAAGAAAACCUGGCGCCUCAGCUCUGAGAAAGACAAGGUUCGUCUGUACACCCUGGAGCAGAAGUCCAUGUUGAGUUUUCGAGUGGAAGCAGAGGUUGAUGUUCCUGCAAACAGAGCGUUCUGUCUGCUGGCUGAGCUGAGUAACAGACCCAGCUGGGACUCACAUUAUCACCACUGUGAGCUGAUUUACCCGGUUGACGAUGAUGACUUCCUGUAUCGUGUGGUGACUCCAUCGGUGCAUCAUGGUGGAGUAGGUUCCUCUAAUUCAGCACGCCAGGCAGAAGGAGUUCUUCAGGACUUCAUCUUGUUGGCCUCCAAGAGGAAGCCGUGUGGCAAAGGAGAUCCAUAUGUCAUUGCCCUGCGAUCAGUGUCUCUGCCAACUCAUCCUCCUACUGAAGGCUAUCACAGAGGAGAGGUUCUGUGUGCUGGAUUUACCAUACUGGAGACAGAAAACAACAUGUCGCUAAUCAGUUACUAUAACCAGGCCUCUCCAGAGGUGCUUCCAUACAUCUCCACAGACAUUGCCGGCCUCUCCUCAUCUUUCUACCACACCUUCUGCUCCUGCAGCUGGUACCUGACCAAGAAUAGACUUCAGUCCACCAACUCGAUGCAAACAGGCCAGAACCAGGACUCAAACACAGACAGUCCCACCUUUGACAGUGAGGCUGACAGACUGUCUUCAGUCCUUUGUAGCACCCAGCUGUGAUAGCAGAACUUUCUAGCACAGUUUACAACAAAGAGGUGGGAGUGGAGUUUAACUACAUGGUACAAUUCAGCCAAAAAUCACAGGAUGACACGUUAAAAUUUUCCCAUGGUACUGUUGUUAAAUAUUUUAAUAGAGAAGAAUGAUUGUUUUUUAUAAUACGGCCAAAGUUUUUAAGAUUACAUUAAAUUUGUGAUGAGAAAGUCCAUGCUCUAAUAUAUUUGAAACAAUGCAGUAUUAUUGCCACUUAAGCCUCCUAUAGACUGGGCAUUUUAAGCAUUUUGGCGUGCUACUCUGUGCAACAUGAAUCUCAUGACAUCAAAUAUGAUAUGUGUAAUCUGUUGAUGGUGGACCAACCUUUUAUAACCACAAUUGGUCAUCUUUUGUCUGGGAAAGCCCAUAAUCGCACAGUACUUGAGAGUUCCAUGACCCUCUGUCAGUCAACAUUGAAGGUACGAUACCCACAAAGUUCAGCGAUAUACCAAUGAGGACAAAGUUAUUAGCCCCACUAUGAAAAUUUCCGUUUUCCCCAAGUGCUGUUAAACAGAGCAAGGAAUUUUAACAGCUUUCCCAGACAUCCCUGUUUUAUUUUGGAUGCCUACAUUAUUUUGCUUUGCACAAAGAAACAAAAUUAUUUCAUAAAAACCAAAAACUACCAGGUUCUAAAUUAUUAGCCACCUUUAGAAGUGACCUUUUGGUUGAGCCAUAGCCGAGCCAUAGCCAAACCACUGUUGUGCAAUGGUGUGUUUUAUUGUUGUUAUGUUCAAAGCUUGUAAAUCAAGUUAAAACUGAGGGUUAUCUUCAAAUUUACACACAGGAUAAAAACUGAGGGUUUGAGCUGUCACUAAGAAAGCAUCAUGGCAAAAAUCAAAGAAAUCAGUUUAGACUUGAGAAAAAAAAUUGUUGAUGCUCGCAAAGCAGGAGAAAGAUAUAGAAAGUCAUCACAGCGUUUCCAAGAGUCAAGAACUGGAGUGAGAAGUAUAAUCAAGAAAUUCAAAGAGAAGCACACAGUCUGCACAGUCCCUGCACAGGAAUAGACCAAGGAAAAGUCUAUUUCUGCAGAAGAGACACCUUCAAGCCAGACUGAAGUCUGCUAAGGACAACAUGGAGAAGGAUUCUGAAUUCUGGAAGCAUGUCCUUUGGUCAGAUGAAACUAAACUAGAGCUCUUUGGCUAGAGAGAGACACUGCUUAUGUUUGGAGGAAGAAAGGAGAGGAGUGUCACCCAAAGAUCCCCGUCCCCACAGUGAAACACGGUGGUGGGAGGAUUAUGCUGUGGGGAUUCUUCAGUGCAUCUGGAAUUGGGAAUCAUGUAAAGGUGGAAGGGUCAUGAAGAAAGAAGGAUACGUGAAGAUUCUGAAAGAAGCAGUAAGUAGCAAAUCUGGGUCUGGGUCAUUGCUUUGUCUUCCAACAUGAAAAUGGGGUAAACUGAAGACCAAGGUCCAUGCCAGAAGGCCAUCAAAUCUGGAGCAGCUGGAAAGAUUUGCCAAAGAAGAAUGUGCUGGGAUUCCUCAGGAGACGUGUCAGAGACUUGAUGAAAACUGCAACAAACGAGUGCAGGCUGUUACCCAGCAAGUAGACACAACUGACUAUUAGCAUCAGGGAGGGUAAUAAUUUAGACCCUGGUUCUAUUUGUUUUUUGUAAAAUUAUUUUGUAUCUGUGUGCAAAGUAAAAUAAUGCAUCAAUCAAAAUAAAAACUAGGAAACGCUGUGAUGAAACUUUAUUGCUCUGUUUAAAAGCAUUUGGGAAAACUGAAAUUUUCAUCAAGGGGGGCUAAUAAUUUUAUCCUCACCUGUAAUCACUUAAAAAAAUCUGUUUUUGAACAAGUUUUUGUUUUGAAUGUUUUUUUCACUUACAUUUGUGAAUGCUUCAUGAAACAUCCUUUUUUGUUGUUUUGGGGAUUUUUUUCCAAAUAUUAGUGGUAAAGUUCAAAGAGGCUUUUAGGUAAAUAGCUUAUUCAAAUCUAGUACUGGACACAAAAAAUCAUUAAAAGUGAGAUGUGUACGUUUUAUUUUACUGUGGUGUAGUGGUUUUUUUAGGGAAACAGCUGAAUUACCUUCUGAAAGAAAUAACUACUUUCUGACUGUUAUUUGCACAAAGCAACACCUUUUUAAAAAAUGAUUUUACAUGUAAUGUUUUCA